GCCGUCCGUACACAAAUAGCUUAGCUUUACCAAAAUUGAACCCUUUUCUUCACUUGCACCCCCCAUUCUCGAAGUCGCACUUCCAGAGAGUGAGUGUUAGGGUUAGGGUUAGGGUUUUAGGUUUCAGUAAGCUCAAUGGAAGAGAUAACUGAGGGUGUCAACUCUAUCACAUUGACAGCUGAUUCACAAAAGAAGAAUCGAAUUCAAGUCUCCAACACCAAGAAGCCCUUAUUCUUCUAUGUUAAUCUCGCCAAGAGGUAUAUGCAGCAGUACAAUGAGGUCGAGCUUUCUGCGCUUGGAAUGGCCAUUGCAACUGUUGUUACUGUUGCAGAAAUUCUGAAAAACAACGGACUGGCUUUAGAAAAGAAGAUUAUGACUUCUACUGUUGAUAUCAAGGAUGAUUCUCGGGGGAGACCAGUUCAAAAGGCUAAGAUUGAGAUUGUGCUGGGGAAAACUGAGAACUUUGAUGAACUGAUGGCUGCUGCUGCAGAGGAAAGGGAAAACGAAGAUGGUGAAGAGCAGAGUUGAAAAGCUUCUUUUUUCAUCUUUUCUUUUCUCUUCUUAUCCUCCUUGUGGAUGAAGCUGGUUCUUUCCUUGUAUCUGGGUCUCUCUGUUCUUAAUUACGUUAGUAAACAAGCGGUUAAUUUACUGAUGUAGGCUUUUUAGUUGCCAUUGGCUUGCCCUUUUUUAGUUACCAUGGGACAUCUUUGUUUAAGAGAGUGGAAACAUAAUCUGAGUUACCCUUCAAAAUUAAGUUUAUAGUAUUUGAUUUCAUGCGUCAA